GCCGCACCGCCCGGCUGCCGCGGGGCGGAAAAGCCAGCGCCGGGCCAGCGGCCCGUACCACCCGGCGGGGGGAGGCGGCGGCUCCUCAGCUCCCGGCGGCACCGCCCGGCGCUGCCCGCGGCCCCGGCGGCUGGAGGCAGCCGCCUGCCCCGCACGGGUGCCCGGCAGAGCUCCCGGCCCCUUCGGGAGCCCGCGGCCCGUCCCGGCCCUCACUUCCCGGCCGGGUGGUUGCGCCCGGGCGAGGCCGGGCCAGCAGGGACAGGUGCCAGCUGAAGAUGGCGUUUCCCGGGCAGCCGGCGCCCGGCGGCGGUUUCUACCCGGGCGUGUAUGGAGGAGCUCCAGGAGGACCAGCAUUCCCUGGACAAGCUCAAGAUCCUUUGUAUGGUUAUUUUGCUGCAGUAGCAGGGCAGGACGGACAAAUAGAUGCUGAUGAGCUACAGAGAUGUCUCACCCACUCGGGGAUUGCAGGAGCAUAUAAACCUUUCAACUUAGAGACUUGCAGACUCAUGAUCUCAAUGCUGGACAGGGAUAUGUCUGGCACAAUGGGAUUUAAUGAAUUUAAAGAACUCUGGGCUGUGAUCAAUGGCUGGAAGCAACACUUUUUAAGUUUUGACAAUGAUGGAAGUGGUACAGUGGAUCGUCAAGAACUGGAGAAAGCCUUGAUGAAUAUGGGAUUUAGACUGAGCCCACAGGCCGUAUCUGCAAUCACAAGGCGAUACAGCACUCAUGGCAAGAUUACAUUUGAUGACUACGUUGCCUGCUGUGUGAAACUCAGAGCUCUUACUGAAUGUUUUAGAAGAAGGGAUGCAUCCCAGCAGGGUUUUGUGAACUUCCAGUAUGAUGAUUUCAUACAGUGUGUUAUGAGCAUCUAAAUCAAAAGGAAGGAAGCUGUGGAUGAUCACAUUUAACAUUCCAGCUUGUGUUUUGCUUUGCCAAAUCUUCCCAUGAUUGUCUAUCUCUGUAUUGGAAAUCACCUGUUCUAUGAGGGUGUUGCUUUACACACUUGCAUGGUUUUUUUAGUUUUGACAAUGACUAUAAACUAAUCAUGUACUGUUGUCUUUAACUUCUAACCUGUGACUAUUAAAAUAUUUUUAUUUCCAUAAA